GAUAUUCUUGAUAUACUGAUUUCUACAACUGCAAGUUCUGCAACUCGAAGAAUUUACUGCAACAGAGAUCUCCAGGCCCUAAAACACAGCAAAAUAUGACAAGUUCAAUGGAUACAAGGAAACAGCAGGAAGAAUAUUUGAUGUUUCUGUUUCAAAAAAUUAAGAAAGGUGAAAUCACACUGGAAGAGAAGGAGACAAUGAAAGAUUUCAGAAAAGAGUUCAUGAAAGGAGUUUUAUUUAGAUCCUUACCUAGUUCCAUGGCCAUGUAUGCAGUUUAUCGAUAUCGGAGUAAAGGAGGAGUAGUUGGGGUCGGAAAAUCUAUGCUGUGUGCUUUUGGUGGACUCUUUCUGGGAUUUUCUUUAACACCUACACGGAAACUUUGGGCUGAGGAGUUACAGAAACACAACAUCACAUCACAGCAUGUACUGGGCAAAAUACACAUGCUUCAGAAGAAUGAAAUGCCAUCUGAUGUAAUGGAUCAGGAUAUGGAAAGUAUGAUGGCAGAAAGGCCCGAAAUGCAGUCUCGGAUAACUCCAAAAUUUGUUGAACAGAUGGAAAGACAGACAGAUAAACCGAGUGACACUCAAACAAACAGUGGCACUUCAUUCUUAUUUGGUAGAUCAAACCAAGAAACUGUGCAGCCGGACAAUGAACAUGAAGGAUUAAUGCAGAAGAGGUUAAAGAGAAAUAGGAGGAAAAUGACUGAAGACUUAAAUUCAUCAGAGGGAGUGUCUGAUUCAGGAAAGAGAGUCAACAAAUAUGGAGAUGUCAUAGAAUAAAUUUUCAUUAUUCUGAUAAACUAUCAUCUUGUGAUGAAUACCUGACAGUUACAUGUACGUGAGCAAUGACGAGAUGAUUAUUAAGGGGGGGGGGGGGGGGGUAUUUGAUAUCCUUUAUUUGCUUUUAUACAGCUAUCACCAUGACUUGUGAUAAUAGUAAAAGGUGUUUUUUUUUUUACAA